CCCACACCCCACACCCCUCUUUUUUUCCGUCUGGCAUUUGUCCUUUUAAGUUUUCAAAUAUUUAUUUCCUGUACGUCAAGAGGAAAGGGGGUUCCCCUUUCAUGGAAUGCGGCAGUAUGGGCCUCUUUGAUCGGGGGAUUCAGAUGCUGCUAACGACGGUGGGGGCCUUCGCCGCCUUCAGCCUGAUGACCAUCGCCGUGGGCACGGACUACUGGCUGUACUCGCGCGGCGUGUGUAAAACCAAGUCGGUCAGCGAGAACGAGACCAGCAAGAAGAACGAGGAGGUCAUGACCCACUCGGGACUGUGGAGGACUUGCUGCUUAGAAGGAAAUUUUAAAGGGCUGUGUAAACAGAUAGACCACUUUCCUGAGGACACAGACUACGAAGCAGACACAGCAGAGUACUUCUUACGUGCAGUACGUGCCUCCAGCAUCUUCCCCAUUCUGAGCGUCAUCCUGCUGUUCAUGGGGGGGCUGUGCAUCGCAGCCAGCGAGUUCUACAAGACGCGGCACAACAUCAUCCUCAGCGCCGGCAUCUUCUUCGUAUCGGCAGGACUGAGCAACAUCAUCGGGAUCAUCGUGUACAUAUCAGCCAACGCGGGGGACCCCUCCAAGAGCGACUCCAAGAAAAACAGCUACUCCUACGGCUGGUCCUUCUACUUCGGGGCCCUGUCCUUCAUCAUCGCCGAGAUGGUGGGGGUGCUGGCUGUGCACAUGUUCAUCGACCGGCACAAGGAGCUGCGGGCGGGGGUCCGCUCCACCGACUACCUGCAGAGCUCGGCCAUCACUCGCAUCCCCAGCUACCGAUAUCGCUAUGGCAGGCGCAGUCGCUCCAGCUCCCGGUCCACGGAGCCCUCGCACUCCCGGGACACCUCCCCCGUGGGGCUCAAGGGCUUCAACACCCUCCCCACCACCGAAAUCUCCAUGUACACGCUGACGCGGGACAUGAAGCCCGCGACCACCCCGACGGCCACAUACAACUCGGAGAGGGACCAUAACUUUCUGCAGGUGCACAACUGCAUCCAGAAGGACCUGAAGGACUCCUCACACACCAACACAGCCAACCGACGCACCACCCCCGUAUGAGGGAGCGAGGGAGGAACGGGGAGAGGAGAGCCCGGAGGGUGGAGAGGGAGGGGGGCCGGGACGGGACACUGCGAGGGAGAAAGGGGGAAAAGGGAAGGAGAGGGGGGGAGACGAGGAGCCCAGAUGUGACGACAAAAAAAGGCAAAGCUGAUAGAAGAAAAAAAAUAUAUAUUACCAAUUCCAUGUUGAGGAAAAAAAAAAGUAUAAAAGAUCUAAAAAAAUGCAUGAUUUCCCAUCUACCAUUACUUAAAGAAUUUUAUAAAGAGACGGACUGGUUCCAGGUUUGGGCCUAGUGGUUGAGAUUUUGGAAUUGUGAUAGGGCUGGGCUGGGAAAAAAAAGGGGGGAGGGUGCUUUCAGUUCUGUGUUUGUAAAGUUGGGUGGGGGUACGGGUUUUUUGAAGAGGGGGACGGAAGCUUAAUGUUUAUUUUUUUUAUUAUGCGGUUUGUUUUUUGGCUUCGUCUUUUCGCUGCUCUCUCCUCAACUCAGACGGGGCUACAGCUUCUCCUCCCCACCCCUGACUUACGUGUUUUAUUUCUUUCUUUUUUUUUUUUGGUCUUCUGCAUUAAACUGUGAAAUGAAACGCCGUGGGGAUUAAAACUCUGCAAAAUCUUCAAUGUGAAACGUACGAGCUACAUGUACCUGAUGGACGGAGACUCACCAAGGCCGCAGUGAACAAUCAAAAGGACUCGCUUGCUCGUUGGGACUGAAGUCGAAAGGAAAAAAACAAAACAUAAACUAAAAGUGACAGCCCACCUUGGCGCAGCCGUGGUGGGUGGAAACAAAAUGCCACUGACAGCAAAUAUUAGACAAAUUCUAUUCUUUUAAAAGAAACUUCUCUUUUUGUACCCUUUGUCUUCGCUCUUUUUACUCGUCGUUGGUAGGAGUGCGGCCUCGACCUCAGUUAGGUUUCCGUUACCGACGAACGGGCCACGACUACGGGAAGGAGGGUAAGACACACAGCGGGGGUACACCUUUCAGGGGGAAAAAAGGACUCGUUUUCUAACGGCGCCAACAACAACAACAACAAUAGAACAAAAAAAAAAGCCACGAAAAAGAAGACGACGAUAAAAAAUACCUGCAAAAAAGAGAAAUCGAAACAACGAUACAAACUACAAGUUCGAGAUAUU